CAAAGAACACAUGCUCCUCCGAGACUACAUCAGCUACUGGAGAGAGUAUAUCCAAGGGGACUACUCCUCUUCCCGCGGCUGCCUCUAUCUCAAAGACUGGCACCUGUGCAGGUAUGUGCUUCUCACAGGCAGAGAGGGGUCGUAGUCAGACCCCAGCAGCUGGCUCAGGUCCUGGCAUGGAGGAGGUACUCAGUUAACGUUGGACGAAUGGGUGGACCACUGGAUUCUUGUUUUCUGAUGUGGAGAUGAAGGCUCACAGAGGUAAAACGAGGCUAGAAUUCAGCCCCUGCGAUCCCCAAGACCAGUCCUGAAGGGCAGGAGAUGCACAGGCCCGCUCACAGCGUGCCCUUGGCGCUCCCACAGUGCUCUUCUUGGGCACAGAGAGCUGGCCGUGGACCGGGAAUCAGACGCCACCAGACGCUGGUCUUGACCCUUGGGGACACACAGACCCCAGCACUCAUGCACUGUGGAUUUGGGCUUCAGAUAAGCACAAGUGGUUCUUUUGGUAUAAGUAUGUCCUAAGUCUUGCACAGGGCAUACUUGUCCUGGAAUUUGUUCAUUGUUGGCUUGAGAUCCAGUUAGACUGAGUGUCCUGUGUUUUCCCUGACAACCUUAAAAAUAGAAAGAGCGGAGGAAGGCCUAGGUCAGACAGGCAGUGGUAGCCAUGAGACGUCGUGUCUGAGCAGGGUUUUGAAGGAUAAGUAGGAGCCUGUCGGCACACAGAGGCACAGCAGCAGCAGAACGGCCUGGCUUUUGGGGAACUGCGAGUGGUUUGGUGCUGUUGGGGCUGUGCUCUCCUCUGUCCUGGCCUCUGACCAGGAGUGGUGUGGGGUCCAGGGCCUUGUUCCAGCGUGUUGUCAGUAGAGCUGCCUUCUCCUUGGGCUGGUUUAGUAUGCUCUGUGUUUGGGUUGUGGGAAUGGACCGUGGGAGUGAGUGCUUGAGAGAUGGGGGUGGAAGGGUCUCAGCAUACAGGGCCAUUCUGCUGGGGCCUGUGGCUUUGUGUCCACUUGGCAGAGGUCCAUGUUGUGGUGAAAACAGGUAUGAGACUCACGAAUUUGGGGAGCCAGCAUGAUGCCGAUGGUGCAUUUAGGGGCCCAGCUCAACCAGAGGCUGAAGUCUUGGAACUGGCAUGAGAGAGGCCAUGGCGUCUGGGUCGCUUCCUGUGUGGGUUGCCUAGGCUGUGUCACAGCACCCCGGGCCGUUCCAUCUGCUCUGGUCUGGUUCUGUCCUUUGGGUGGGGCUCAGCUGGGGUCUCAGGGCUGUGGUCAUCCAGUGACUGGACUGGGACUGAGUGGUCCGAGGUGGCCCCAUUCAGCCAGCAGUUGGUACUGGCUCCAGAAGGCAGCUCAGGGUCGCUCAUGUUCCAAAACUGUCCUGACAUCUCCUGUGUUUGCGGCGUGGUGCUGGUGCUGGGAUGUGGGCUCGCACCACUCCUGCUGCAGCCUCGUGCCGCUCACUCUCCCAAGGGACUCCUCGGCGGAAGACGUGUUCACUCUACCCGUGUACUUCUCGUCCGACUGGCUCAAUGAGUACUGGGACGCCCUGGACGUGGAUGAUUACCGCUUUGUCUACAUGGGGCCCGCUGGCACCUGGUCGCCGUUCCACGCUGACAUCUUCCGCUCCUUCAGCUGGUCCGUCAACAUCUGCGGGAGAAAAAAGUGGUUCUUCUUCCCGCCAGGACAAGAGGAAGCCCUGCGGGACUGCCACGGCGGCCUGCCCUACGACGUGACCUCCCCUGCACUCCUUGACAGCCGCCUGUACCCCACGCGCCAUCUCUGUGGCCCGCCACUGGAGGUCACGCAAGAGGCAGGCGAGAUGGUCUUUGUGCCCAGCGGGUGGCACCACCAAGUUCACAACCUGGAAGACACCAUCUCCAUCAACCACAACUGGGUCAACGGCUGUAACCUGGCCAACAUGUGGCACUUCCUGCAGCAGGAGCUCUGUGCUGUACAGCAGGAGGUCAUCCAGUGGAAGGACACCAUGCCCGACUGGCACCACCACUGCCAGGUCAUCAUGAGGUCCUGCUCUGGGAUCAAUUUCACAGAAUUUUACCACUUCCUCAAAGUCAUCGCUGAGAGGAGGCUCCACCUUCUGACGAAGGGGACGGGCCCUGGGGAGGUGGGAGGCGGUGAGGGUGCUGGGUUGGGCCCCCAGCAGGCGGCUUUCGACGUCGGGCGGAUUGCUGAGGUGCUGGCGUCCGUGGUGGCCCACCCCGACUUCCAGAGAGUGGACACUAGCACGUUCUCACCGCGGCCGGAGGAGCUCCUGCAACAGCUGGAGGAGGUCAUUGCCGCCACCGUGUCCCUCUAGUGCAUGCCGCCAGGGCCAGCAGGACACAUCCUGAUGGGACCCACAAGGCACCUGCUCCAGGGCCCUUUCUGGAAAUAAAGCUCUGUCCUCCCAUGUGGUC